AUGGCCGCCCGAGACCGCUUCGGCGGUUUCGGCGAGCCAGCAACCACCCCACUGCAGCGCUACAUCAUGAACGCCGUCUCCCCCGAAAACUACGAGCCGAACCUCGCGCUAAACCUCGAGAUCGCCGACCUCAUCAACGCAAAAAAGGGCAACGCGCCGCGCGAAGCAGCCGUAGCAAUCGUGUCGUACAUCAACCACCGCAACCCGAACGUGUCUUUACUAGCGCUGGCGCUGCUGGACAUCUGCGUCAAGAACUGCGGGUAUCCGUUCCACCUGCAGAUCUCGACCAAGGAGUUCCUGAACGAGUUGGUGCGCCGGUUUCCUGAGCGCCCGCCGAUGCACCCGACGCGGACGCAGACGCGGAUCCUGGAGUUGAUCGAGGAGUGGAGGGCGACGAUUUGCCAGACGAGUCGGUACAAGGAGGAUCUGGGGUUUAUCAGGGAUAUGCAUCGCUUGCUGCAUUUUAAGGGGUAUCAGUUCCCGGAGGUUAGGAGGGAGGAUGCCGCGGUGCUGAAUCCGAGUGAUAACCUCAGAUCGCCCGAGGAGAUGGAGGAGGAGGAGAAGGCGGCGCAGUCGGCGAAGCUGCAGGAGCUGAUACGGAGAGGCGGGCCGCAGGACCUGCAAGAGGCGAACAGGCUGAUGAAGGUUAUGGCCGGGUACGACACGAGGAACAAGACGGACUACCGCGCCAAGGCUGCGGAGGAGGUGGGCAAGAUACAGCAGAAGGCGAAGCUCCUGGAGGAGAUGCUGCAGGGUCAUAAGCCAGGGGACCAGAUUAAGGAGGGAGACGUGUACGAGGAACUUGCGAACUCCUUGGCCAGCGCCCAGCCGAAAAUCCAGAAGAUGUGCGAGGAGGAGUCGGACGAUACCGAGGCUGUGGCGAAGCUUUUCGAGAUCAACGAUAGCAUACACCGGACGAUUGAGCGGUACAAGCUUAUUAAGAAGGGGGACAUCGAGGCGGCCAACAAGAUACCGAAGGGUACACUGGGUACGAGUGGAGCAGGAGUGUCGAAAGGUCCGGACAACGAGCUGUCUUUGAUCGAUCUUGGCGAUCUUGACGAACUAGCUCCCGGUGCUACUGACGGCUCAUCCGCUGCAGCGCCAAGCGCGCCGGCACUGAAGGGCAAUGCCCUCGAGGACGACCUGCUCGGCUUGUCACUUGGAGGCGACAGCUACGGGCAAGGGGGUGGAAUAAGUCUGGGAACCAGCAACGGUCUCUCCUCACUAUCAACUCCGUCCAAGCCACAAACUUCCAUAUCCAGCAUCUUCACGCAACCUACAGCACCCCCUCAGCCGUCCGCAUCCAAACCGAACUACGACCCCUUCGGCUCGAUAGCAACCACACAGCCAGUAAUCCGCUCUUCGACAUCCACGCCAGUAAUCGCCAGUCAACCCCACCUCCAAGCCGCACAGAAACCCACCGAUCCGUUCGCCGCCCUCACAUCAUCAACACCCCGCACAGCCUCUCCCUUCCAAUUCCAGCAAUCCCUCAAGCCCGCGCCCUCCCCUAGCGCUGCCCUCUUCGACUUCAGCGACGACACAUCCACUCCCGCACUCGCGUCUAAACCUCCGCCACCAGCGACAGCCGCAGCUCCCACGGACGACGAUUGGACCUUCACCUCGGCCCUGCCCGACUCCCCCAAAGCCAUCACCGUCACGAACAGCGCCAUCAAGACCGUCUUCAGCGUCUCGCGGCAGAGCGACGACGCGAUACUGAUUAGCUCGCGGAUAUCGAACAACACGGCGCAACCAAUUUCCGAGCUUACAUUUCAGGUUGCUGUGACUAAGGCGGAGCUGACAUGUGCGCAGGGCUUCAACCUCCGUCUAGAACCUCAGUCCGGCCGCUCGCUGGCGCCGCAGCAGAGCAACGGCAUCACGCAGACGAUUCGGCUGCUGGGCGUGGAGAGAGGCAAGGGCGGGGCGGUUAAGAUGCGCUGGAAAGCGUCGUAUGUGCUUGGAAGCGAGCGGAGGGAGGAGAUGGGGGAGGUUGCGGCGCUGGGCGUAGCGUAG